CAAUAACUGCUUAAGGUGGUUUUUACAUCCUUGAACAGCUGGAGCAGGCAGGUGCGUAUUUUCCAAGGCCAAGGGGGGCAUGGCCCGGGGCGACAGGCUGCAAGGCGUGACAAAACAGGGUUAUUUUUUCUUAAAUGAAAUACACUAUCAUCACUUCAUGGGGCGCCGAAUCCAACUGAUCCGGGGCGCGCGGGGCGCCAAAUCUUUAUAUACGCCUCUGGGAGUAGGUCACCUUCUACUUUGGUCUUUCGUCAGCCGGGUAUGGCGGCUUGCACCACGUGCUCGUCGUAUAUUACCUCCAAACACAUCCACGUUGCAUUCAGAAUAUCAUAUUACGUGCUCAUGUUAAAAAGUUUUCAAGACCAAUAUCCACUUGAUCCAGAAUACUUAUGAAUUGCAAAAGAGAUUAAUGAAUGCUCUUUAUAAUGUAACCGAAUUGAAACCGAGUUGGGUCGUAUUAUUCAACAGCUCUGAGAUCGUUCAAAAAAAAAAGGUUAGAAAUGUGUUAGUUACGGUAGGACCGAUUGGUACUAUUUAGUAGUAGAUAGUAGUAUUUCAUGGUUCGAUAUGAGUCAGACCAAGGUAAGUUAGCAGCGGUUUUGAUAGGCCACACGUUGAAAGUGUUAAACGACAUAAUUUCAUAGAAGUUUGACGUUUAAAAUAACAAUUCCACCGCAUGGACUAUCAAAAUCGCUACCAAUUUAUCUUGGUCUGACUCUAGUGUGAUAACUUUAUUUAAAUACUAUGAGGUUCAAACCCAAAAUUAUCUUGUGGAAAUCCGUGAUAUGGCUGUGCAACUAGAAAAAAAAAGUCAGCCAUGUUGUGCUCAGAGACGUGUCAGUCGCUUGUGCUACACAAGUAGACAUAUUUGUAGAUUUUAGAGUUUGAAUGUUACAUGUAUAAAUUAUUUACUAUACACUACUUUUAUGCACUUUGUAAUGACAAAAUGAAAAAAUCGAAAAUAAAUCAUAAGCAAUAUAUGGCUACAUUAUUAUCAAGAUGCAACUACUCGUUGUUCCGAUAAUGCGGGGAAUCCCCGAAUUUCUUACGCGAACAUCAUUGACACUUGAAGCUACAAAUCGUGUCAGUCUUAUUUUUCCACCGCCCUCAUAAAGACAAGCGAGACGUCUUUAUUUUUUUCCAGUUACUGGCCAGUGUGAAUAACCCUUUGUACCAGAAGACCUUACAAAAUGAGUACAAUACACGACAUACUGGAUCCGUCGUGGAUGCGACUGGAGGGAACAUUUGACGAGCAAGUCGUGAAGUUGUUUUACCACGUAACACUGACCAGAGAUGAAGUAGAGGAAGAUCUGCUCCGGCUGUUCAGGGAUGUGAAAAACACAUUGAGGACCUAUUGGCCAGGGUGUGAGCUAAUGCCCUAUGGCUCUCUCUACCAAGGUACGGCGUUCAAGACCAGCGAUGUUGACUGCUUUAUCCAAAUCCCGAUCCUGUACAAGACCGGAAGAGACACAGUCGUGCUCACUGCCAGGGAUAUUCUCAGCCACCGUUCUGAUUUAUUUGCACAAUUAUCCACCGCAAUAAAUGUGCCUGUACCUAUUGUAAAAUUUGUCCAUAUACCAACUAGCAGAGAAUGUGAUUUGACCUUUGAUUGCCCGCCUGGAGUCAGUAAUAGUAAAUUACUGUGGUAUUUAUUCCAUUUAGACAAAAGAGCGCUGGAUCUAGCAAUUCUUGUAAAAUACUGGGCAAAAAUUCACAACUUCAUUGGGCCGUAUCUGCUGAGAACUUAUGCAUUACUUCUGAUGGUAGUUUUUUACUUACAGCAAUUAAGAAUGUUACCCACCAUUCAUGCCCUGCAAAGAAACGUCCCGUAUGUUGCCUGGCGAGUCUGGAAUAUAGCAUUUCAAGAGGUCAUUUACCCAAAUAACAAUCAGACUUCCCUCAAACAUUUAUUGGGGGGCUUCUUUAAGUUCUUCAGCUAUUACAACUUUGAAGAAAACGUAAUUUCUCCUUAUGUUGGGUGCUCUAUUCCACGGAAACGUUUUAGAAAAGUUUCCAGUAUUUCGAAACAUUUUACUUUGUAUGAAGGCAACCUGAGACUUAAAUUGUGUGAGUCGCUCAACAUAGAGACACCAAUGUGCGUGCAGGAUGUUUUUAAUCACAGUUCAAAUUGCUCUGUUCUUGUAUUUCCUGAUCUAGGGAAAAAUAUAAAGAAACAUUUCAGGACGGCGGCCAAGUUGUAUGAAUCAGAAUCGGAUGAAAACUUUCUUAAUGCGAUAUUCGUAAAGCAUUAAUACUGAUUAAGCGAAUAGCUAACGAACACACGUUUAAA